GAGGUGGACCUGGACGCCGUUCGCGGGCUGUUCUCGCGAAGGCUCAGCUCGCAGAGUGUCCGCUCAGGCGCCGACGCUCAGAGGCCGCCGGCCUUCGCCGCGAAGCCCGGCGACGACGGCGGCGUGGUCCACGCCGCCAGCAGCCGCACCAGCGACGCCAGCAGCGCCCAGCGCGCGGACAGCCCGCUGGACUACGAGCUGCCCCCUGACGGCAUCGACUGCAGCGACGUGGAGCUCGACGAUCAGAUCGAGCGCGUCCUCUCGAGGCCACCGAACUCCCUGUCCAGGAGCUUCCGAUCGGCGGGCAGCCGCAGCUCCAGGUGGCGACGCGGCGGCGAGGAGGAGGCCCUGAGCCGCGGGCUGGCGGUCACGGCGGCGCAGGGGCAGCGCAAGGUCGUCGCCUACCCCGCGAUCGCCGACGGGCAGAAGGUCGAGUACUUUUCCGACACCCACGCCCGCUGGCUGCCGGGGAUCGUCCACGUCCGCGCUCGCGCAGGCCGUGACGGGGGCCCCCGCGUCAGGUACGACGUGGAGAUCGUGAAGGGCCAGAGGCGCUGCCACGUGUCCCUCGACCAGCUCCGCGAGCCGCUGCAGCAGGGCGAGCUCGUGGAGGUGUUCUCGCGCCGCCGCCGCGGGUUCCUCCCGGGCGCCAUCGAGGGGGAGCAGGCGGCCGGCGCCGCCACGCUGGGCUACAAGG